AUGUCGGCAAAAUCCUUAAAGAUAUUGGUGAGUGGAGAUGUUGAAGGAAAUUUUAAAGCUUUGUUCUCAAGGGUUUCAAACAUUGAGAAAAAGAAUGGGCCAUUUGAUCUUUUACUCUGUGUUGGUGAUUUCUUUGGAGAAAACAAUGAAGAAUGGAAUAAAUAUGUACAAAAAGAAUUAAAGGUGCCAAUCUCUGUGCUGAUUCUUGGAGCCAAUCAAGAGAGUCACUGUUCAUUCUAUCAGGAUAAAGAAGGAGCAGAAUUAUGCCACAAUAUUACAUAUCUUGGGAGACGAGGCAUGUACUCUGGCAGUUCAGGUCUUCAAAUUGCUUAUCUAAGUGGGACUGAAAAUGCCACUUGUGAUCAGAUUAGUUUCAGCCAAAAAGAUGUCAAUGAACUGAUUGAGUCGUCAACUAGAAUCCAACAGUUUAAAGGAGUAGACAUCCUCAUUACAUCACAAUGGGCAAAGGGAAUAGAAAAAUAUGCCUCUGGAGCGGAUUCUGUAGACUCCAACAAAUGUGGUUCAUCUCUCAUCUCCAAGCUUGCUCUGUGUUUGCGUCCAAGAUAUCAUUUUGUUGGUUUACAAGGUGUCUUUUAUGAAAGGCAACCAUACAGAAAUCACCAAGUUCUACAAGAGGCUGCCCAUCAUGUAACUCGAUAUAUUGGCUUAGCAAAAGUGAAUAAUGUUCACAAAAAAAAGUAUCUGUACGCAUUCAGUAUCACCCCAUUGACUGCAAUAGACUAUGCAGACUUAACCCACCAGCCACAGGAUGUCACUGAAUGCCCUUUUAAACUAUCAGAGAUGAACUUGCAAAAUACACUUGAUACAGAUUCACAGCAAUUCUUUUUUGACAUGCAACCAUCAAAGGACAAAGGUCAGAAACGACAAAAUGAUGAAGCAAGAAAUCAGAAAAAAAAACACAAACCAGUGCAACCUUCAGGCCCUUGCUGGUUUUGUCUUCGAGGGGAUAAGGUGGAAAAACAUCUGGUGGUUAGUGUUGGUGAAACGACCUAUCUUGCCCUGGCCAAAGGAGGUCUUGUACCUGAUCAUGUCCUUAUCCUUCCAAUUGGCCAUUAUCAAAGCACUGGGAAAGCUACUGUCUUUUUUGAACGAAAUUACAAAACAUCUCAUCUUCAAAUUCAGGUUGUACCUGUUCCAUCCGAGAAGGCUUCUAAUGUGAUUGAUGCCUUUCAGGACUUUGCUUUAGAAGAGACACUGGAUCUCAAUGAAAUUCCUAAACAUUCAGAUUUAAAACAGAUUGUACGUCUAGAAUCUCCUUAUUUCUUUGCUGAGGUGCCAACUGGAGAAAAACUUUUGUGUAGAAUAUCAAAAUUCUUUCCAUUGCAGUUUGGAAGGGAAGUGUUGUGCUCACCAAUGUUACUCAACAUCCCCGAGAGAGUUGAUUGGAGACAGUGUAACAUGAGUGAAGAUGAAGAGAAACAGAAUGCCAAGGAUUUUAAAAAGAUGUUCCGAGCUUUUGAUUUUAACUUUACAUAG